AUGUCAUCCGGAGUUGCUGGUUGUACUCCAAUCGCUUCAAAGAGUGUAGAGGGUCGCAUGGAGGCUCAAGUACAGCUCAUGAAGAGUCAAAUUGACUUCCUACAUGAUGCUUUGGCCGAGAAUGGUAGAUCCAUUCAAUCUUACUUUGAGGAUUUAGAAGGGUUGUUUCUGAGUUUAGAAGUGGAUGAGAACGACUACAUGUUGACAGACCGUUUCCACUAUGGCUUGGACAAGUGGUUCAAACAACACCCAAAGAUAAGGAGACAAUCAAGGCUCUAUGAGGCAUACUAUGCUGCCUUAGAAGUGGAAAGAGAGCAUGAUACUUCUUGUGGUUGGAAUGGUUCAAUUGAGGAUCAGGGGUUGGUGUUUGGCGCUGAAGAUGGAGAUCAACGGACAUGUAUCUUCCGUACUAAGUCUUCGGUUGGGUGGUCCAAUGAAGUUGAUUUGGUAAUCGACGGUAAAGAGGUUGAUAAUUCGAGGACGAAUCCUCUUAAAGAAGGAGGGGAUGAUGAGAAUCAUGUAGCCUUCCAUGGAGGUUCUCCUAGUGAGGGGAAUGAGCUAGUCCUUCAUUCUAGUUUUGGAAUGCUAAGUUUACUUUGCAGGCCAAUCAAGGAAGAAAGGAUGGAUCUUGACUACCUAUGUGAUAGGGAGUUGGUUCAAGAGAGCUAUGAUCAAGCCUUCCAUGGAGGUUCUCCUAGUGAGGGGAAUGAGUUAAUCCUUCAUUCUAGAUUUGGAAUGCCAAGUUUACUUUGCAGGCCAAUCAAGGAAGAAAGGAUGGAUCUUGACUACCUAUGUGAUAGGGAGUUGGUUCAAGAGAGCUAUGAUCAAGGUGAUGAGAAUGUCAUUAACUUUGGGGUGCAAACCAAAGGAGAUGAAGACCUCAUGGAAAUAAGUGCUGAAGAGUAUCAAGAGAGUUUGACUCUGUGUGCUCCAUGA